UGGAGCCAAAACCAAAACAUACGGUACCUGCUGAAUCCCGAGAGCGUAAAUUGCAGAGAGAAGAGUAGAGAAGUGAAGAUGGAUGGAAGGCGAGUGAGAAGGGCUGGGAGAGGACAAAAUCAGACCCUCCUGCCCCUCCGCGUCAGGCACCUGUCCAACACUGUUUCUUGUUGGUACUGUGAUUUCAAGACAUCGGCCUUGAAUGAACCACUAUUCCGUUUCGGACGAAGACAUGCAAGGUGUUUGAGAGUCUGGUUUUCUGUUGGGAUAGGUUUUAGUCUUACCGCACUGCUUGGAGUUACUAUGGUUCUUAUAUGGGAAUUAGCCAGGGCUCUGCAUUUCUACAGUGGGAAGGGCCAGCUCAGCAGUCGUUUGAGUGAAUCUUUGCUUGGGUUUUCCCCUUUGGUUUUUGGAUUGAGUAUCUCACUUGCUGAUGUUGGUUACAUAUGUAUAUCUACCGUUGUAUCUGUAUCUGCACAUGAAUUUGGGCAUGCUCUUGCUGCUGCAAGGUGCCACUUUUAUGGGAAGUAG